AUGGACUCUACCAGAGACUCUAAAGAAAGAAGUAAAUACUGUGGAUUGUUUAAAAUGAUAACAAGUAUAGAAUUUGUUAGUAAUUUAAAUACCAUGUCUGAUGCCUUAGACGAAUUAGGAGAUUUAUCAGAAUACUUACAAAAACGUAGUUUUACAUUAGUAGACGCUGGUAAAUAUAGAAGAACAACAAUACGUGUAUUAAAUUCUAUGGCAACUAAUCCGGGUCCAAAAUUAUCUGACACAUUAAAAGAAAUAAAGAACAAAAUGUCGUAUAAAAAUGUAAUAUUACACAGUGACAAUGUUCCUAAGAUAAAUUCUGCACAAUUUUACAAAAGCCUAGCUAAUAAAUUAAAAUCUCGAAUGAUGACUACCAGUUCAUCAAAUGUCAGUCGUAAUGAAAAAAAUCGCAAAACAAUGAAAAAACGUUUAAAAACUUACUUGAUAAUAUUGAAAAAUUGA